AUGGAUACAGCAAAAGAGACUCGUACUCCCCAAAAGCUUGUGCUAUGUUUCGAUGGCACAGGCAAUAAGUUUAGAGGUGACGACAGUGACAGUAACAUCUUGAAGAUAUUUAGAUGUUUGGAUCGGGAAUCCGGUAGCCAAUAUCACUACUAUCAACCGGGGAUAGGGACAUAUGUCGUGUCUAACUCGCUAUCCCACACAAGUCUAAGUGCUAGAAUCCGAUCAUGGUACUUGAAGGCCAAGGACUCUGCCGUCGGCUCAAGCUUCGACCACCAUGUAGUAGGUGGAUAUCGAUUCCUCAUGCGUUUCUAUCAGCCAGGUGACGAAAUCUACUUUUUCGGCUUCUCCCGAGGAGCCUAUGUAGCCCGGUUCCUAGCGGAGAUGCUUGACUAUAUCGGUUUACUUUCGCAUGGAAAUGAAGAGAUGGUGUCCUUCGCCUGGAAAGCAUUUUCUCAGUGGCAGAGUCGCCAGUCUGACCAGACCGAAGAACAUCAGGCCCAACGACAGGAGAUGUAUCGCUUCAUGAAAGGAUUUCGAGAGACAUUCAGCCGCCCUGUGAAGAGAAUCCGGUUUUUGGGACUAUUCGAUACUGUCAACUCCGUUCCUCGAUUCGAGGCUGCGUGGAUGCAAAGGUCGAAAAUGCCAUAUACUGCGAGAAGUAGCGCCAAAGUCAUUCGACAUUGUGUAUCCAUAGAUGAACGUCGCGCAAAGUUCAGACAGGACCUUAUUUACCAAGGGGCUAUUAAGGACCACAAAGCACAUAGGAACUUGCACGAAGUUAUGCACGAGAAGUAUCGCACAAGGCGAGGUACGGCCUUGGGGUUGACACCUAGUAGCAUGCCAGAUAGAGGGCGACGCGAAACCUUAGCCCCCCCUGAUGAACAUACGUUCCGGCCCCAUUCCCGUUCCCGGUCCCGAGCAACGAGAAGCUCUGUUGACAGAACGAGCCAAAUCGGUGAUGAUAAGCCGGGAAUUGCCAAUAUGACGGACAUUGACGAGGAUUCGGAUGAUGAUGAACAAGAUAUCGACGAGAUCUGGUUUGCCGGCGGCCAUGGCGACGUUGGAGGUGGAUGGGAGAUCAUGCCGGACACUAAAUCUGCGAGCCAUAUACCCCUUGCCUACAUGAUCAGAGAAGCACAACGAGCAGGUCUUACUUUUGACCCGGAGAAGCUAGUUGAGAUGGGUGUCAUCGAAACUUCCGAAGAGCCUGACACUAAUGCCCACCACGACAGAGCUAUUCCAGACAUUCGCGUUGACAAGUCAAGUCCAACGAGCCAAGCUCCAUCCAGCCUUGACAUCCAACCUACGCAUUGGGAUCACUUCAAUUUUAUAGGCGACGAAGAAAAGAAAGAGCAAAGCGAACAGAAAGUCCGGCCAUUCCAUCAGAUGCUUCAUAAAGCCCAUUUAGCCAGAAUACACGACUCUCUGGAGUUUGCGUCUGGCUUAACUAAAGGUCAAGUGAUGACCUGGAAUAUAAUGGAGUAUAUGCCAUUCCGGAGAAUGGAUCUACAACCAGACGGAUCGUGGAAGCCAAUACGUUGGCCGCUCCCAUGCGGUGAAGUGCGAGAUAUUCCUCAUACCGCCAAAAUACACGGUUCGGUAAUCCGACGCAUGAAACAAGAUAACACCUACCGUCCCGGGAAUCUCAUUAUUGGUGGUGGCGGACGCGGGCAGCGCGUAGCCCCUGAGUCUUAUGGUAUUGGUGAAUGGAAAUGUGUCCAAGAUCAUGAAGAUCCCAUAGGCGAGGUUUGGGUCAGAGAUAGAACUAGCAACGCCGAGUCAUGA